ACCAAAAAAUUGACAGCAAAAUGAAGGUGUUUCCUGGAUUUGGUGGCUGGAUCAAUCAGAACAUUCAAAAGUCUCCAAAGGCCGAGUCCAAAAGAUCAGUGAAUGCUGAUACUAAUUCAGAGUCAGAGAAAGAUAGAAAUAAUCAAGAACAAAAUUAUGACCAAGAGGACAUGAAGAAGCAAUUAGAACUUUGGAGUGCUGGAGAGAAGACUCAUCCAUGGUAUGAUGCCCCUCCUAAGGUUAAGGUGACAACAAAAAAGGGACUAUGCCAUAUGAACAUAGAAAUGACACUGGGCUGGAUUCCUGAUGGAGUCUUCGAACUUUUCACUAAUCCAAACGACGGCCCACUCUUCUUCGACAUGAACAAGCAUGGGCGUCAACUUCUGGAAUACAAAUCAAGAAAAGUUUUGAAGAAGGAUGGACCUAGGCAGAUCGUGAAGGUAAAGCAAGCUUUGGCAUGGGACUUCCUUUGGUGGUCUGGUUCUAUACCGAUAGAACUAAUUGUUGAUGAAAACAAAAAAGAUUUUACAGCAAAGUACAAAAAACAGAAAAUGAUGUUUAUGAAAGUAUUCCAAGGUAGCUAUAAAGUGGAGCCACUGUAUGCAGAUUCAGUACGCUUGUGCAAGCACAUGGAUCCGAAGAGUCUACAAGAAUACAAAACAUGUAGUGGCGGACAAGGAAGGAUUGCAUCGAAAGUAACAAUGGAUCAAUACUUUCAGCCGUAUCCUCCUUUCAAUAUGCCGCCAUUUUCUUGGUUCAUUCGUAAUAUCACCAUCAACACCACCAAAACUCUGCUCAAAAUGCUUCAACAUGGGAGUGUUGUGUUACGAGAGUGAGACUCUAGAUGCAUGAUGAUGUUGUAAAGACUUCAAGCAACAAACAUGGAAAACACUUAACUUAAAUGAUCACGCAUAUCAACAUAUGUACUGUAUGUUGUAAAUUUAAUACAUUCCUUAAUUUGUUUUUAAAAAACCACAA